AUGUUUGAAUUUCUCUUCUCCUUUUCCUGCUCCAUAUCGAUUUCUGGAGUAGGUUACUAUGAAGCAGAUGUUACUAGUUCUGGAACAUCCCUUGAAUUUAAUCUUCCUGCAGUUCCAGAUGCAACGUAUUACCUGGCUUUUUCCAAAAAAGAUUACCAAUUAUCGCUUGAUGGAGAAUCUUCGAAUCCAUCAGAUAUUUACAGAAUAGAUAAUUUGAAAGCAAUUUAUAAAGCUUCGAUGUCUGAUCAGACAAGAUCAAAGUUACCAUUCGGUAUUUUCCUUGUUCCCACUUCAUUUGAUGCACUGGAAUUUUGGAUUCAACCAAAUUCAACAGGAACCUAUCAAAUUCCCCAACUAACGAACAAUUCCAAGAAAAUUUAUUUAUGCAUCUUGAAUGAUAACCCAAUUAGCAUCACAAUUACUCAAGAUUCUGAUACAAACACUGUUUUAUCCAGCAAAGAUGGAAAUCUUCCAAAAUCCACUGAAACGACAAUAUCUGGGACAAAUAUAGUCACUUUGGAGUAUUCAUACAUUGAAAAGUCGACUGUUGGUACUACAUAUACUUUAACAACGCAAGCUGUGGCUAACAAUAUGGAUAAGCAAUGUUAUGAUAAAAGGAAAUCAAAAGUUAAUUUUGACACUUUUUUGAUUAUUCCGUAUUUUAUAUAUAGAUAUUCAGUCUUAGAUAGUUCACUUAAAUAUGGCUACAAUUCCAUUACUGUUAGUUCGAAUACCUCAUAUUUAAUUCCAAAGAAUAAAAUGAUUAUUUUUGUCCAAUCAUCAGUAGAUGUUCAAGGAUAUAUUAGUACAGAGCAAUAUGGACUUAGUAUUCUUGGAAAUACAAAAAUUCAAGCUAUUGAUUUAGUAUCAAAUGGUGUUCUUUUAUUCUCUGCAAAUGGAUCAUCAGUGAAAUGUGGAUUUGUUAUUUUCAACUAUUCACAAACAGAAAUUUGUAAGUAUCCUACUAUUUUUUCAGGAACAGGUAAAUAUUCACUUACGAAUACUAUUGGAUCACAUUGCAUAAUAACUGUUUUCUCAGAAGGUACACUUUCAUUUGAUUCUACCAACUAUUUGCGUUCAACCGUCAACACUCUUGGAAUCACAUUAAAGGAUAAAACGAUAUCGGAACCUUCACUGACUGUGAUCUAUUAUGGAGAAACCUAUAAUGCAGAUGAUAGAAAUACUGAUUAUACGAUUGUUUUUGAUUAUAAAGGUGCUACUGGUGAUCUUAACUAUGUCAUAGAAUCGAGAAACUCGUAUUAUCAAUUUUAUAAAGUUUCAAGUCAAGGUAGUGAAAGCGUAAACGUUGGUGGCGUCGAUUAUGCAAAGAAGGUUUUAAUUAAACCGAAGUAUAAGUAUCUUGCAUUCUUAACUCUUAUUCUUGUGAUUGCCGCUGUAGUUUUUAUCUAUUAUAGAUUUUGCGCCAAAAAACCAAAUAAUCAAAAUGACAAUGAAGAUCAUUCAAGUGAUUAG